UUAAUAUUUCAUUCACCCAGUUCGAAUUGUACGUUAGCGUUCGUGAUUUUGUCAAUGAUUUACAAUUGUGCGUGCAAAUUAAUUAUCUGGAGAAAAAUAGAAAUGAGAAAGCCUCCUUUACAGACUCUUUAACGUACGAAUUUUAGGGGAUACAGAAACGAAAUUCCUUAAAUUCGGCAACGAAAGCUAUACUCAUACAAAUAAAUUUAAAAGACAUAAUGCAAGAUGCUUUGCUUUUCUCUGAAUAAAAGUUUUUAGAGAGCGGCUUAAUAUGAUUACAUUACGUGGAAAACUGAAAAAGGAUAAUGAUAUAACAAAUUCAAAAAAUAACAAUAGACGAGUUUCAAUACGUGAUAAAUUAUUGAUCAAAGAGGUACAAGAAAUGGAACAGACGUUGCCAGUAACUUGUCAAGUCACGUUUAAAGAUCCACAUUGUCUACAUGAAUUUAUAUUGUUAAUUGUACCAGAUGAAGGAUAUUGGAUGGGUGGUCAUUUCUAUUUUCAAAUUUAUAUAACGGAGGAAUACAAUAUGGCGCCACCAAUAGUGAAGUGCUUAACAAAAUUAUGGCAUCCUAAUAUAAGUGAGGAUGGUGACGUAUGCCUUUCCAUUUUAAGACAAAGUAGCAUUGAUGGAUUAGGAUGGGCACCAACACGCAAAUUAAAAGAUGUUGUAUGGGGUUUAAAUUCUCUCUUCACUGAUCUCUUAAAUUUCGAUGAUCCUUUAAACAGAGAGGCAGCAGAUUUGUUUAUAAAGGACAAGGAAUCGUUUCGAAGUAAAGUUAAAGAUUAUGUAAUGCAAUAUGCAAAAAGAUGAUUUAUAUUGUAACAAUGCAAGACUAAUUAUGUACAUUUAUCGAAUUGGUUUCAUGUCUCUUUUUAGUAAAUGAGUGAAAAACUUGCUCAAAUGCUUUAGAUUAUAAUUUAAUUCAAUUUAAUAUUUUGCUAGUCUUCUUUUGCUUGAAAGAGAUUAUUGGUGUUUGAAUUUUAUCAUUAAAUUCUCGGAUUGUUAUAGAGAAGGAUUAUAUUCAUAUACAUUAAUUGUAAUCUAAAUAUAUUAUGUACGAAGAAAUUGUAAAUGUACGAAGAGGAUAAAAGUGCAUCACAUGUACAAUAAUGUUUUUUUCUCACUAUGAGACGUAAUAUAAUGUGAGAUGUAAUGUUCCAUUGGGACAUCUGUAAAUAAAAUGGGUGUUUAAUAAUCAAA